AUAAUUCCCACCAAAUGGAUCUAGAGAGGAUCCUCUUCUGUCUGCAACCUAACCAGAAAUACAUCACACAGAAUUCAAAAAUGUUCAAAAUUUCAUAUAAUUGAGCAAAUAUUCAUCAAUUAUAGAUGCUUUGUCUGCCAGACAAGGGCAGGAUACAGAAUGGCAGAACAGAUUAUAUGCUUUGUGAUCGACAAGUUAAUUCAACUACUCAUCACCACAGAAGCAAACCUUUCGAGAAAUGCAAGUACUGAAGUUGGUUUCAUCAAAGAUGAACUCGAGAGCAUCCGAUCAUUCCUCAAGGAAGCAGAUGCUAAGGCUGCAGCAGCAGACGGAGAGACGGGGAAUGAUGGUGUCAAAACUUGGGUCAAUCAAGUAAGAGAAGCAGCUUUUUAUAUUGAAGAUGUGAUUGAUGAAUAUUUGCUCCGCAUCUUACAGCAUCAUCAACACCAUGCAUUCCUUCGUUCUUUCCACAAAAUUAUCCGGUUGGCUAAAAAAUUGAGAUCACAGGAUGGGAUAGUUUUGAAAGUUGACGGUAUAAAAGAAUUGGUUCGUGGAAUCAAGGAGAGAAGUGAAAGAUAUGGAUUCAAAUCCCUUGAUCAGCAAGGCCAGAGCAGUGGAGAAAACAACGACCCUCGAGUGGCUUCCCUUUUCAUUGAGCAAGCUGAAAUCGUGGGGAUUGAAUCUACCAGAGAUGAGCUGACUGGUUUGUUGGUAGAAGAAGCACCAAGACGUAAAGUGAUAUCAGUGGUUGGCAUGGGAGGACUUGGGAAAACCACUCUUGCCAAGAAAGUAUAUGACCAGCCGAAGGUGAUGGCACACUUUGAUUGCUAUGCUUGGAUUACGGUGUCCCAAUCGUACAGGGUUGAGGAUCUUCUGAGGACGGUAAUAAAAAAGUUCUACAUUUCAAGGAAGGAGCUUUUCCCAGAGGAAAUCGACACAAUGGAUGAGGAGUCCCUGAUUAGCACAGCAAGAGAGUAUUUGCAGCAAAAGAGGUACGUUGUUGUGUUUGAUGAUGUGUGGAAAGUAGAUUUUUGGGGGGCUAUAGAACAUGCUUUACCCGAUAAUAAAGGCGGACGAAUAAUUAUCACUACACGGAUUCAAGGUGUUGCCAACUUUUGCAGAAGAUCUUGUUUUGUUCAUGUUCAUCACUUGCAGCAUCUGCCUCCAAACAAGGCAUGGGAAUUGUUUUGCAGAAAGGCAUUUCAGUUUGAAUUGGAGGGAAAGUGUCCUGAAGAUUUGGAAGAGUUGUCUCUUAACAUCGUCAAAAGAUGCGAAGGACUACCUUUGGCAAUUGUUUCCAUAGCUGGUCUGCUGUCAACCAAAGCUAAAGUUGUGUCUGAAUGGCAGAAGUUAUACAAUAGCUUAAGUUCAGAGUUAGAAAGCAAUCCCCACCUUACAAGCCUCACAAGAAUCAUAUCCCUCAGCUAUCACCAUCUGCCGUAUUACCUCAAAUCGUGUGUAUUAUACUUUGGCAUCUUUCCCGAGGAUUACUCAGUUAGUUGCAUAAGAUUAGUUCGGUUGUGGAUCGCUGAAGGUUUUGUGAAACCGAAGAGGGGCAAGACACUAGAAGAGGUUGGAGAGGAAUACUUGAUGGAGCUAAUUCACAGAAGCCUGGUUCAAGUUUCAGAAGUUUACAUUGAUGGAAAAGCUCGAGGUUGUAGAGUUCAUGAUCUAUUGCAUGACGUCCUCCUUAAGAAGGGGUUGGAUUCGAGCUUCUGUCAUGUGUUAUCAAAAGACGAGUCAACUUUUAAACCAACAACUCGACGUCUCUCAAUGGACAUCAGUCCUUCUGAGGCCGUGGGAAGCUUUACACAAUCUCAUAUUCGUUCUGUAUUUACUUUCAACCUAGAAGAAUGGCCUGGGUCUUUUCUCGAUACAUUGAGUGGAAACAUUAAACUUCUGAAAGUAUUGGAUUUCACAGAUGCUCCAAUCAAUCAACUUCCGAAAUAUGUGGGGGAUUUGUAUCUCUUGACGUAUUUAAGCUUGAGGAAUACAAGGGUGGAGUUGCUUCCAGACUUCAUAGGCAAUCUACAAAACUUGGAAACCUUGGAUCUAAAACAGUCUUUGGUGUAUGAAAUACCAGCCAAGAUCAAUAAGCUUGUUAAGCUGCGGCAUCUUUUGGCCUACCAUCGUGACUACAACUACGACGUGGGUUUGUAUUGGAAUUUGGAAAGAGGAGUGAAGAUACAUGAAGGUAUUGGAUGCUUACAAGCUUUGCAAAAUUGUCCUAUGUGGAGGCGAAUCAUGGAGGGAUCAGGUUAAUCAAAGAAUUGGGAAAGUUACGACAGCUACGGAAGUUAGGCCUAAAAAACUUGAAAAGUGAAGAUGGAAGGGCUGUGUGUGCUUCUAUUGAAAAGAUGAACCACCUUGAAUCUCUAAUUUUAACUGCAAUAAAUGAAGAUGAAGUCCUUGAUCUAGAAUCCAUUUCAACUCCACCACAAUUUAUUCGUGCUCUCUUCUUGAUAGGGCGUUUAGAGCAGUUGCCAGGUUGGAUUUCAAAUCUUCAACACCUCGUCAGAUUGGUGAUUUGUUGGUCAAGGUUGAGAGAUUCCCCACUAAAAGCCCUUCAAAAUCUACCUAAUCUGUUGGAGCUAACUUUGGAUAUCAAUGCAUAUGAUGGUGUGCAGCUGCAUUUUGAGGAAGGAGGAUUUCAUAAACUUAGAAAGCUACAUCUCAGGGAAAUGAUGGGACUAAAUUCGUUGAUCAUAGACGAUGGUGUCAUGCCUCUUCUCCAAGAGUUUCGCAUUGGGCCUUCCCCACAAAUGAAUGAGGUACCCUCUGGCAUCCACCAUCUCCGGAAUCUGACAUAUCUUCAUUUCUAUGACAUGCCAAAGGAGUUUGCGCGACAGAUGGAUCCAAAAAAUGGCCAACAUUAUUGGAUUGUUGAACAUAUACAAAAUGUUCGUUUUAGUUACAAGGUCGGACCAAGAUGGCGUGUAUAUGAAAUUCACGCCCUGCGUGAUUCCAACUUUUCUCUUUGGUGGAAUGCUUGAUUCCAACUUGUGAAACCAAGCAUGGGAAUGGGAUAUGCUUUGGUUAAGAGUUGGUUGUUAGCUCUGGUAUCCUAGUUUCUCUUGCAGGUUGACUGGGAGGGGCUCUUUCUCUUCUGUUUUCUUUGUGUCGUCCAAUCGUAUUCCUAGCAUUUUCCUUGUAAUUUUAUUGGUGGUUGCAAUAAAAAUAUCCUAUCCAAUUGAUUUUCUCUA